AGAGAUACGGCGGAGGGAUACCAGAGUGCGCAGCUGCGCAGAGUCACUGGACACAGAGCGAAUGCUGUAGUGUUGACAUAUUUAAUUUUUGCUAAAGAUUUUCAAACGUAUCGCCACUAUGCCGGGAAUGAUGGACAAAGGAUCGGAGUAUCUGGGGAAAGGUCGCUCAAAUGGGACGAAAAGCCCGUCGAACGCCUCGAAUGGACAUUUCUCGGACGAGAGCGGUAGCGACGACGAGCACGAUGUGGGCAUGCGUGUGGGGUCCGAUUAUCAAGCAAAUAUCCCCGAGUUUGAUCCAGGCUCCACAAAAUACAGCGAUAAAGACAACGGUGGCAUGUUGGUUUGGUCUCCAUAUCACACAAUAGUUGACUCUAAAUUGGACGAGUACAUUGCAAUCGCGAAAGAAAAGCAUGGCUACAAUGUUGAGCAGGCUCUCGGCAUGCUCUUCUGGCACAAACACAACAUCGAGAAGUCCCUUGCUGAUCUGCCCAACUUCACGCCCUUCCCUGAUGAGUGGACGGUGGAGGACAAGGUGUUGUUUGAGCAAGCCUUCAGUUUCCACGGGAAGAGCUUCCAUCGGAUCCAGCAGAUGUUGCCGGACAAAUCCAUAUCCAGUCUUGUGAAGUACUACUAUUCAUGGAAAAAAACACGAUCCCGAACGAGUCUAAUGGACCGACAAGCGCGAAAGCUGGCAAACCGGAAUAAUCCUGAUGAAAGUGAGGAAGAGAUGGAGGAGGCCAACCCGGUUGAGACCAACGACAGUGAUUAUGAUCCUACGAAAGAGGCCAAGAAGGAGAGUCAUGCAGAGCCUCAGACGCUGAGCUCCAAAAUCGCUCUGGGCCGGAGAGAGCACCAGACGCUGCAGCACCGUCACCACAGCCAGCGCUCCAAGUGCCGCCCGCCCAAAGGCAUGUACCUCACGCAGGAGGACGUGGUGGCGGUCUCCUGCAGCUCCAGCGCCGCUAACUCUGUCCUGCGUCAGCUGGACAUGGAGCUGGUGUCCCUGAAACGACAGGUUCAGAACGCCAAGCAGUUAAACAGUGGACUUAAGCAGAAGAUUGAAGAUGGCAUUGAUGAGUUUAGACUGCCUGAGUGCACCCAAAAAAUUAAUGCCCGCUGGACAACAGACGAGCAGCUUUUGGCAGUGCAAGGAGUACGGAAAUACGGGAAGGACUUCCAAGCUAUUGCUGAUGUGAUCGGGAAUAAAACGGUGGGGCAGGUGAAGAACUUCUUCGUGAACUAUCGGCGCCGCUUUAACUUGGACGAGGUGCUUCAGGAAUGGGAGGCGGAGCAGGGAACCCCCAACGGAGACGGUGCCAACUCUGGCGAGGAUGGAAAGAACAGCAACAUCUCCUCGGGAAAGAGCACCGACGAGGAAGAGGAAGAGGGUCAGGUGACCCCAGCCUCGGGUCCGUCUCCUGUAGCCACCUCAGUGUCUCUAACAUCAGCCAGCAGCUCCAGCUCUCUGAACCAGCCGCCGCCUCUUCUGCGUCCAUCUCUUCCUGCCACUCCAGCGCUACACCGUCAGCCUCCGCCUCUGCAGCAGCAGGCCCGCUUCCUUCAGCCCCGUCCCGCCCUGAACCAGCCCCCGCCGCUCAUUAGGCCCUCCACCCCCCUCCCUCCGCGCCUCAACCCCCGCCCCACAGCCCCUGUACCCGCGCCGGGCCAGCAGCCGCCCACCCUGGUGGGCAUCCCGUCCGACACGCCCUCCUCCUCUCUACACUGAGGGGUUUUAUAUUUGUGACAUUGCUGAUGAAGGUAAUAAUUGGUUAGAAGUUCUCGUUGUGAAUACUAGGAAACAAAACGUUGUUUUAAACUGUAUAUAUUAGUUACGUAACUUUCUAUUUAUUUGAACUCAAUUUUUGUUUUAUUUUUGAUUUUGUAAUCAUGUUGUAUCUUUAAAGCGAUGGUUGACCCACAGAUUAAAAUCUCCGCAUGAUUUACUCGCCCUCGAGUCAUCCUAGGUGCACAUGACUGUCGUCUUUCAGAUGAGUACGAUCUGAGUUAUAUUAAACAUUGUCUUGGCUCGUCCAGGUUUUAUAAUGGAAGUGAAUGGCUGUUGAGAUUUUGAAGCCCAAUAAGGUGCGUUCACCCAUCAUAAAAAGUGCCCCACACAGCUCCAGGUGGUUAAUAAAGGCCUUCUGAAGCAAAUAGAUGUUUGUAUAAGAAAAAAAUUUAAUAGACAAGUUUUGUUUGCAGCAAAGGAAAACCCAGUCUCUUCUCGGUUUAUAUCGAAAUCCUCUGACAUCUUUCUUUACAAUUCCUCAUUUUGCGCAAAAACAAGCAUUUCCACGUUCAUCACUUCUCUCUCGUGAACGUUUGUACGACGGUUACGGUAUAUCGAAUAAAAAAAAAUUAUUCUUGCACAUGCAUCAGUUUGUUUCAGAAGACCUUUAUUAACCCGUAGGAAGCACUUUUUAUGAUGGAUGGAUGCACUUUAUUGGGCUUCAAAAUCUCAACAGCCAUUCACUGCCAUUAUAAACCAUGAAAGAGCCAGGACAUUAACUAUAACUCCGAAUGGAUUCAUAUGAAAGAAGACCAUCAUAUAAUCGUAGGAUGCCUUGAUGGCGAGUUUAUCACCGGAUAAUUUUCAUUUUUGGGUGAACUAUCACUUUAAGUCUUUAAAAUAUUGUGUUCUAUCUCCGCACUUUUUCUUGUUGUCCUUCAGUAUCUAUGAUGUAACAGCAGACCUCUUUAAAAUGGUUUUGCUUGUUGUUAUUUUGUAGUUCACCGGUGUCUGUGGUUGAUUAUUAUGUGUUUCAUAUUUUAAUAUUUGGUGCUACAGACUGACAGAAUAUCACCUGUCCAAAUUCUCUUGCCAUCAAAGUGCUCUUAACAAGAAAAUAUAAUCUCAUACUUAAUUGAAAUCGUAGAAAAUUCCUACUGUCAUACCUUUUUUUUUUUUUUUUUUUUUCUCGUCUUUUAAUUAUAAUCUAAUCGGGGUUUAUGUAUAAACCGGUUUGACUUGCAGAAUAGUGUAAACACUUUUCACCAGGCGUUAAGCUGUUGAAGUGAGUUGUUUGAUUAGUGGUGUGCUGUUUAAUCAGAAUAUGCAUGUAGCGUUACCCUUCUUCUACCACGUAAAGAGUGCAGUUGAUCAGAUCACACACACAUGCACAGGGUUUUCCCAUUAAGCUCUAUAUUCUGGUUAAACCUUUAUUCUGAAAGAUGUUUGCAUAAUACACAGCUCUGAAGAUUACUGUAUACAAGAAAUGAGCAUUAUCAGAAUAAACUAGUGAACAUUAUUUCCCCUUUAUUCUCUUCUGGACAUAAUGGUGAUGCCCUUACCAUUUGUUUUUAGUAUUUUAAGCAACUAAUUUUUCAUUGAUGUUACUUUUUUUUAAUGACAUUUCUUUAUUGUAGAACAUUAGUAGUUUUGCUCCAAGAUGUAUAAUCCAGAAUGACCUUAGUUUGGACGUGCAGAUAUUCAGUUACAGUGUUUUUAAGGUCUUUACAAGACAUAACACUGUCUCAUUCGUCUCUUUGAAAAAGGAAAUGUUAAUCUGGUUAUGGUAGUCUACAUUUACAUAAUCAGAAUAUGACCAAUCUUGAAUUAAUGCUGGAAUAUUCUUGUGCAUGCAGACAGUCACUGUGUACAUGUUUCACUUGUGUAGAAAUUUAACCAUGAUUUAUCUAGUUUUCUUGGUAGUUCCUUAGAAGUUAUUUAUUUUUUUGAAGUCUUAACUAGGUUUUUAUGUGUGUGCUCCUUGCACUUAGAAAAUAAUCUUAAUGCUUAUUUCAGUGCUGUUUCUACUCUAUGCAGAUUGGCUGCAUAUUGAAAAGUGCUUAAUGUCUCCAAAAAUCAACAAUGUUUUGACGAUAUUAAGCGCUUUUACUUAAGUUUUACAUUUUUUUUUAAUGCAAACUAAUUGCAUUUUUAAAGAACGGGUUGUAGGCAGCUCCGAGUGUGGUGGCAUUAUAUGUAAAAUAAUGAAAAGUCUCUUCUCUAAAUCUGUGCCUAAAGCAUGUUCAUAUAUGUGAAGUGUCGUAUGGAAACAUUAAAACACGUUUGAACACAGA